GAGCCGGAGCUGGGGAUCGAACCGGAGGACGGCCCUGCUAUCCACUUAGCCACGGUCGCCCUGUACUAUAUCAAGUAAUUUCACUGCAGUAGAGGCUCUGGAUACUUCUAUGUUGAAACAAACUCCAGCAGGUGGCAGUAGAUAAAAAAUAAGAUUUCUUAUUUUAUUUUUGUUAUACUAAACUGUAAGUACUAGACAUCCUGAUCCAGUUGGUGGCGGUAAUGCACCAAUUUAUGUUUGCCAACUGCCAAUAAACAUCAAAGAAGAAGAAGAGAAGAAGAAGAAGAAGAAGAAGAAGAAGAAGAAGAAGAAGAAGAUCCCCUGUUUCCUGUUUCCGGUUUCCAACAUUCUAGAUCUAAGAUGGCGGACCGGCGGCGAAGGAGGAGGCGCGCGUCUCAGGACAGCGAGGACGAGUCCGGUUCUGGUUCUGGUUCUGGUUCUGGUUCUGACAGCGGGAGGUCCGGGUCUCCGACCACCAAGAGCCGCGUGAAGGACCCACCCGACCCACCGGAAGUAACGGCGACCCGGGUCGAGCCGAAAGUCUCCGCGGAGUCCGAGUGUGAGAGUGAAGAUGGUGUCGGAGAAGCUGUCCUCUCUGACUACGACAGCGCUGAUCCAGAAGAAAACGGAUCACAUUCAGAGGGAGCAGAGGAGGAAGAGGAGGCUGAGCAGUACAGUGAUGAAGAAGCUCCUCCAGCAGCCAGCGAGCUUAAACCACCUGCAGCCGAUGGCCCUACGGAGGAGGAGAAAGAAGAGGAGAAAGAGGAGGAGGUGGUGGAUGAAGGAGAGAAGGAGACGGAGGAGGGAGGACGCAGUAAAGAGGAGAGCAAAGCCGAGGAGAAAGGAAACCUGGAAGGAGAGAGACAGAGCGGAGACGGACAGGAGUCCACAGACGAGCCUGAGACGAAGGGGGGGGAUAAACCUGGUCAGAAGCUCGACGAUGACGAGGACAGAAAGAACCCGGCUUACAUCCCGAGGAAGGGUUUGUUCUUUGAGCACGACGUCAGAGGACACGCCCAGGAGGAGGAGAGACCUAAAGGCCGUAACAGGAAGCUGUGGAAGGAUGAAGGACGCUGGGAUCACGACCGGUUCAGAGAAGAAGAACAGGCGCCGAAGAGCCGCGAGGAGCUCGUCGCCAUCUACGGCUACGACAUCCGGAACAACGGCGGCGGCUCUGCGGAGCGACCGUUCCGACAGCGCAGACCGAGACAAAGUUUGUCUCCCAGCAGAGACAAACGGUGGAGAGACGGAGGAGGAGAGCGACCGGUCCGGUCCUGGCAGAGUGGAGGAGGAGGUCUGAACAGAGGAGGAGGAGCUCCUCCAUCAUCCAUCCACCCGUCCUCCACCUCCUCCCUCCCUCUCUCUUCCGUUCACCGUAACAACAAUAACAACCCCUCCAGGCCACCGCCGCCCCGCAGCCGCCCGUCCCACCACGGCCACAUGCACCUCCCGCCCCAAUACAGGAAUAGUAACAACAACGAAUCAAACGCGCCCCAGAUGCACCCCAGAGAACGACAGGGCCCCAAAGCUCCGUCUGACCCCUCAGGGGACCGGGGCCUUGUCAUCAGGGGUCCGGGGCGGGGGGGCGGUGGGGCGGGGAGGGGCCCCUCCGUGGUCAUCGAGGACAUAACGGUCGGAGGCGUUCGGGAUCAGGACCCGAGUGUCGUAACGCAAGCGACGUCAUCGCAACCGGGCGGGUACCAGUCGGCAUCGCCGAGACGCCAGCAGCAGGAACAGAGGGGCGAGGCCGACAGGUCCGCGUCAGGAUUGGCCGCUUCUUCCUCUGAUUCCUCCUCCCUACAGUCAACCAAUCGGGGGGGCUCUCCUCCUGCCGAGCGGCCGGCAAUGGAGCGUAAAUCUUACUCUCUGGCUCGCAGGACUCGCUCUCGGCCCACGGACCUGGGCAGCAAACAGCCGUCCGUGGAGGAGUCCGCCGCCGCCACCACGGGCGGAAGGAACGCCGCCGCCGCCGCCUCCUCCUCGCCAAGCGGUGUGGGGGGGAAGAGCUGGACGGGAGCAGGAGACGAGCCGAGUCAGGGAGGAGGAGUGACGGAGCUGGACCAGGAUGUGGCUCGACUCAGUCUGGCAGGGCAGAGCUGGAGUCCGAGUCCAACGUCCUACUUCAGGUCUGAGAUGAGAGGCCUCCCCAGCACCAUGCAUAUCCCCAGCAGCCCGCCUCAGUUCCCCAACAUGGAGGAGAUGAGCGUCGGCUCUAAUCGAGCCAAACGCUACUCGUCCCAACGCCAGAGACCCACACCGGAGCCGGCACCGCCCGCCAUGCACCUCGGGGUGAUGGAGGGACACUACUACGAACCCAGUAAGACCAGAACACCUACUGGGUACUAGACCUGUACGAGUGUUUCACUAGAAUAAGUAUCAGUUAUAUUUAGAAUAUCCAACACACUCCAUCAGGGAUCUGGCCCUUUAAAUAUACUGCAGUACCUCUUCAGUCAGCGUGGUACUUCCUGCUCACCAGCAGAGGGCAGUAGAGCUCACCGCUGCGUUUCACAACCAUCUUAAUGGAAUAGAUUUGUUUUUAUGUUGCGUGAAGAUUGUUAUUAGUUUAUCAAACAAUAGAAAUGUAUCCAGCAUUGUUCCAAGUGUCUAAAAGUGUUUCCUAUUUUCGAAAAAUACGGAGGCUCCACAUGGUGUGUGUAUAUGUAUAUGUAUGUACAGGUGCUGGUCAUAUAAUUAGAAUAUCAUCAAAAAGUUG